GCCACGGCAGUGCUAUGCAUAGACAUGUCUAUGGUGCUAUGCAGAUCAACCAGUCUAUGAGAUCAACAGAGUCACACCCGGCCGGGACUGUUAACGGCACAGCAUGGAUGCAACAGAUCCUGGUCCAGAUCAUGGAUGCUGCACACCCUGACGGGACAGAAGAUGCCACCAACAGGGCACGAGUUCCUUGGCUGGAGGAGAGAACCGCAGACGACCCUUUGAGAGAAAGGCCAGAUCCUCGGAUGUUUGGCACGCAUCUCCCCCCUGACAUGUUGCCCCAGGGAGUAAAAGCCAAACGAAUCAAGGUUGUGUAUGUGUGGAGGAACCCCAAAGAUAUCCUGGUGUCGCUCUAUCACUUUGCCCACAGUUGGGUGUUGCUGGAACCACCUCAGAGCUUUGAGGAUUUCUUUCAGCAGUUCCUGGAUGGUAAUGUUUACAUGGGAUCUUGGUUUGAUCAUGUGCGAGAAUAUCAGGAAGCACGAGACCAACUGGACAUCCACUUUGUGAAGUAUGAGGACAUGUUGAAGGACCUCAGAGGGGAAGUGGUGAAGCUUUGUGCUUUCUUGGGAAAAGAUUUGACAAAUGAAGCUGUGGAUCAUGUUGUGGAGACGUCCAUCUUUAAAAACAUGAAGACCAACCCCAAAGCGAAUUACAAGGACUUAGUUGAUAUCAACCGCUAUAAGAAGGAAACCAUGCGCAAAGGUAUAGCAGGUGACUGGAAGAAUCACUUCACAGUUGCUCAGAACGAACGUUUUGACUACGUGUUCAAAGAGAAGAUGAGCAACUUCCCGCUGACCUGCGUGUGGGAGAUCAAACAGUAGCUCCUUUUUGUGCUCAGCUCAGCAAAUAACUUGAGACAUAAGCCUUGUUUCUGUUAAAGUCAUUUGUUAAAAACUUGUAUGUGCAUUAUUGAAAGUUUAAAUGAAUUUUGGUGUCAAUCAAACCAUCAAGCUUUUCUCAUGCAAAUAUUCAAAAUGCACAUAUAAAUUAAUUGAUGGAAACAUGACUAUAGACUGCAUUUAAAGAAUGGAUCACAGGUCUCCACCUCCUCACGUUGUACAAAAAGGAAGCCAAAAUAUCCCAGAUACGAUCUUGUGCUGGUGACGAAAUUUGGAACCAGAGUCUGUGCAGAAGUGAUGGAGUGGGUUUGUGAUAUCAAGUUCCCGCCCAAAAUCCUGCCUGACCCAAUCAGAGCUGAAAGCGACCCAAUUUUAAAGCAUCAAACAACUAAUUAAAACCAAACUUACUAGGGAAAAACACUUGAACAAACAUCAGUUUGAUAAGAAUUAAAUAAAAUGACAGAAACCAUCUUUGGAAAAACAUUUAUUUGACAUUUAUGACCUACACUGCUGCCAGCCACCAGGGGGCAAUCAAGAUGUUUUAGCUUCACUUUCAGGGAGCUGUCAUGUCAUCCAUCUUUAUGUACAGUCUAUGACUUGAGAGAGUCUCCCUGAACAUGACAAAAGUCACAACAACAACAACAUUGAUUAACUGUGCUGGGACUGGUGCAGAAACUGGACUCCACUGCAGUCUUCAGUCUAUAAACUUUCUCAGUGCUGAUGUGAUUAGUUAAAGAUAUACUGUGCAGAAUUUCCCUAAACAAGACUAGGUUGAAACCUAGUUUAUUGCUGAACCAUGCACAGUCAAAGUGCUUAAUUGUGGACACACCGUUGCAGGGAAAGUCAAUGGUGGUGUCUAUAAGUUGAAUUCCUGGACAUAUAAUGCAUCUGUAGUGGUGUAAGUAUUUGUUUGUUGUGUUAAGAUGCAUUUGAGACGAAUACCUACUUUAAUUUAAUCAAGUCAACAGUGUCAUCUAGUUUGGAUUAACCAUCUAAAGCUUCAUGUUUAAUUAAUGUUAAUGUUCUAGAAAAACACACACAAAAAACUAUUCAUACCAUGUGAAAAUAUGCUUUUCUUUUAUUUGGGUUACCUGACCCUUUAACCCAAAGCAGAAAUAAAUGAUCAAUUAAGCAUCCAAGCAGUACAAUAGAUGUCUAUAGCAGUGUGUUUGCAGGGCAAUAAUCCAGUGUUUCUCCUAGUAUUUAAUGCUUUUAAUGCUUGUACUAUGUUAAUGUUUUAACCAUUUAUUUUCUGUAAUGGCUGCAUCUUUGUUUACUUCCAUUUUUCCUGUCAGUGAAGGGUUCAAGUUUGUCGUCAUAGUUCUGAGUUCAAACAGUUGAAGAUGAAUAUAAGCAUUAUAUACGCAUGGUCAUUGUGCUGAUUUUGCACCUCUUGUCUAGCCAGUUCUUUGAUGAGCCGUCAAUAAAUCCGCCGGAAACAAGUGA